AUGACCAACCCUGAAGAUUUGAGUAGCUCAGAAAUACAAGCGUUUAUCACAAAAGUUAAAAGUUUACCUGGGGGAACGAACAUUCAACAAGAUGAGGCUGAAAAGGCAGCUCAUCUGUACCUCAGAGCUCGCAAAAGAGAUGUUGAACGUGCUGUGGAAUUAUACAAAGCGAAUAAGCGUAUGCGCUAUACAGAAAAUGUAGAUUCAAUCGACCCUUUAGAAGACGGAGUUCGACGAGAACUACUAUCUGGGAAGUUUACUGUACUGCCAGCUGUAUGUGAUGAUGAAAUAGACGCAACUGUUGCAAUAUUCACUGCCUAUCGUCAUUGGCCACCAUUAACAACACAUAGAGAUACUUUGAAAGGUGUUCUCUACCAGUUGGAUGCAGCAAUGAUGGAUGAACAAUCUCAAAAGAAAGGACUUAUUGUACUCUAUGAUAUGCGUGAUACAAAAUAUUCAAACUUUGAUUAUCAUUUAUGUAUCAAGUUAUUGAAUCUAUUCAAGGGUGUUUAUCCUGCUCGUCUACGAAAAGUUAUCAUUAUUGAACCACCAUUUUGGUUUCGUGCACCAUUCAAUGUGCUUCGUUUAUUUGUUCGUGAAAAAAUGCGUGAUCGGAUAUAUUCUGUUGGUUAUGAUGAAUUAAAUAUUCAUUUACCGAAUACAACAUUAACACGUUUAUUUAGUCAAUUGAAUUCUAAUCAACAUUUUGAUUGGUUAUUAAAUUGUCUUAAACGUACUGGUCAUAUAUCUCAUAUACCAAAUGAUUAUUUUACACCUCCAUCAUUAUCAUCAAUUUAUCAGCAUAAUCCAUUAUUAGGGAAUGAAUUUAUUGUUCAACUUAAUCUAUAUCAUAAUGAUGAUGAUAAUAAUAAUAAUGAUAUGAAUAUGAAUACUAAUAAUAAUGUCAUCACAUUACCUCGACAUAACAAUACAACUAAUACAAAUAUUCAUCUAUCUUCUAUUCAUGGAUCAUUACGUUAUCCUGUAAAACAUCGAAGAUGUUCAGAUGAUUCUUCAAUGAUAACAAUUGAAACAACACCCAGUUCAGUAGUAGUAGGCGAAGGAGAAGAAGAAGUAGUAGUAGAACGUGAAACAAUACCUAUAACAAGAUUACAUAAUUAUCUAAUGAAUGAAAAUAUUUCAUCAGUAAAUAAUUUGCAAACAUCAACAUUACCUUGUCGUAGUUUACUAACUUCUACAACUAUCAAUAAUGUUUUUAUAAAUAAGUUGAAUAAUCGUAUGACUGAUUCAAUGUUUCAAUCAUUCAAUAGACGUAUAUUUUAUCAAUCUGAUCAUCAUUUCUCUCAGUUCACUUUACCAAAAACUAAAAAUAAUCAUGGUAACAACAGUGGUGGUGGUGGUGGUGGUAGUAGUAUUACCUCUACAAAUUUCACCGAUUGUAAUUCAUUAAAGAAUCGAUUAUAUAUUACAAAUCCUUUAUCACAAACACGAUUAUCUAUAUCAGAAUUUAUCAAUCGAGUACAAAGUGUUGGUUCUACAGGAACAUGUACACGAUUUGCACAAGCUUCUAAUAAACGUCGUAAUCGUUAUCUAGAUGUUCCGUGCUUAGAUGCAACAGCAGUUGAAUUAUCAGAUAAUACAUAUAUACAUGCUAACUGGGUGGAUGGUUAUCGAUGCCCACGUGCAUAUAUUUUAGCUCAAGGUCCUUUGGAAAACACUACACGAGAAUUUUGGAUGACUAUCUGGGAGCAUAGAGUUGUGACUAUUAUUAUGUUGACUAAAAUUAUUGAAGGUCAACGUCCCAAAUGUGCAUUAUACUGGCCAACAAGAAAUCCUUUAAAAACACAAAAUUCCCGUCAUUCUCAUCAUAUAAAUAAUACUAGUUUGCAGAGUAUGAUGAUUCCCAAAGACUUAGAUAGUAAGUUGGUCUCAGAGACAAUACCAAUUAGUGCAAAUUAUGGAGAAUUUCAAGUAGUGAAUUGUGGUGAAUUUAUUGAAGCUGAUGGAUUGUAUCGACGAAGUGUUUUAGAGGUGACAUGUAAAUCGUCUACAACAAUUGUCAAUAGUAUGGAGAGUAAUCGACAGAAAUCUAAAAGUGAUAUACCCAUCAAUUCUAAGAAUUCCAGUGUUAUAUCAGUCAAUCCAUUAGUGGAGAGUAAUAAGAAAUUGGAAGUAUAUCACUACUUAUAUUUAGGUUGGCCUGAUUUUGAUGUUCCAGUUGAUUCAGAAAGUUUUUUAAAAUUUCUUUUCACUGUAAAACAAAGUCAUAAGACAAGAUCAAGUAGAAAUUUAUCAGCAUCUUUAUCAUCUUCAUCAAUAUUAGUAAAUCAUAUGAAUGAUAAAUCAAAUUCUAUAUCACCAUUAUUAGUACACUGUAGUGCUGGUAUCGGUCGUACAGGAACUUUUGUUACAACAGAUAUCUGUUUACAACAAGCAAAUAAUGAAGGUUAUCUUGAUGUACCAGCAGUUGUCAGUCAACUAAGAUGUCAACGUGCUGGAGCUGUACAAGUCGGUAAACAAUAUGCAUUUAUUCAUCAAGCACUUGUAUCUCAACUAUCAAAGGGGAAACAAGUGAAUACUAAUCAUAGUAAUAAUAAUGAUAAUAAUGAUAAGAGAGAAGGUGAAAGUACAAUAUGCUAUACAUUAUAUCAUAUUAUGCUCCCAGAUCACUUAAACAAUAAUAAUGAGAUGUAA